CUUUGAGUCGCAUAAAGACGCGAAAAUUAUUAAAUUGCAAAUUGUAUACGUAAAUUCUAGUUUUUCAAGUUUCAAGUUUUUUGUUGUUUGGUUUUAGUAAAAGCGUUUAAUUGAACAAUGUCCACACUUCCCGCAACCUUUAUUAAAGAUUUCCACGAUGAAGAGCUCUGCAAGCGAAUGGAAUAUCGCAAAUUCGGUCUCACCGGAUUACAGGUGUCCAAAGUGGCUUUGGGCACUGGUACUUUGAGUGAUUUCUAUGGUGAUCUUGAUGUGGAUGAAGCGAUAAAGACCAUACAUUCAGCCAUCAAGUCAGGUAUUAAUUAUAUUGACACCGCUCCAUAUUAUGGACAAGGACGUUCGGAGGAGGUAUUGGGCAUGGCUUUGAAAGAUAUGCCCAGGGAGGCAUAUUAUAUUGCUACAAAAGUUGGACGUUAUGAAAAAACGUAUGAUAAAAUGAUCGACUUUUCGGCUAAAAAGACCAGAGAGAGUGUGGAGAAGAGUUUACGGUUGCUUGGUCUCGAUUAUGUUGACAUCAUACAGAUCCAUGACAUCGAAUUCGCUAAAGACCUUGACAUUGUGAUUAACGAAUGCCUGCCGGAAUUGGAGAAAAUCGUAAAAGAAGGAAAAGCUAGAUUUAUUGGCGUAACCGCAUAUCCGUUGUCACGUUUAAAGGAAUGUAUUGAGCGGGCGCCCGGUAGAUUUAAUUCGGUAUUGGCUUAUGCGCGCUAUACCCUACUGGAUGACUCGCUCAAGUCGUAUUUGGACUUCUUCCAGCAACAGAAUUUGGGCAUAGUGUGCGCUUCCGGUCAUGCACUUGGCCUUCUGACCAACGCUGGACCGCAGGUAUGGCAUCCAGCCGGUGAGGAAGUAAAAGAUAUAUGCCGGAAGGCUGCAAGUAUUUGCAAGGAGGCUAAUGUUGAACUCGGUAAGUUAGCCAUGUACUACUUUAUGCAGUUGGACGAUGCAAGCACUUUCCUAACCGGUAUGCAGACACGCAAACUAUUGGAUAUCAAUCUGUCGGCAUACUAUAAUGGAUUGACCAAAAAGGAGCAGGAAGUCUUACAACUAUUACGCGAAACCGUUUUCACAAAAUCACUCAACUGGGAAGGACUCGAAUUGGAAACUUAUUGGGCCGCAAUGAAAACUAAAAAAGAAUAAGUAAGCACACGGAAGCGAGUAUAUAUGUACAUAAUUGAAAUGUUUUUAUAACUGCCUAAAUAAAAAAUACGAUUGGAAUAACAAAAUAUUAAUAA